UCCGUCAUCGUGAGUUCAAAAACUGAAUUUAACCGAUGUUUACCUCAGACGACAGUUUUCGUUUCUGUGAUAAAUUCUGAGCUAAUUUUCUUGUUGUGUUUGAUCUUUUCCAUUGGCUGAAGAAUGGCGCUUGGCGUUAAGGAUACAAAAGUAUCUUUCCCGCGCUUCCAAACGUGAAACAAAGGAAACGUGGAAGGGGAAAGACGUGUGCAGGUCUGUCAGAGGUCAAAGGAAGAGCAAUGGCUCAGAGAGCAUGAAAAUUUUUAUUCAGAUCCAUGAUGGCAAGGUCCUGAAACGCUUUCUUCCCCUUUCUUCCUUUUUGGCUGAAUUUGGACCAGAGCAUAUUGGUCCCAAAUGCUCGCAACAUUCUACGGACUGAGUGGCCAACUGUCCCAGAGCAGAGUCUCACACUAAAAGCCAUCUGUAAAGAAACAAGCAAUAUAUAAAUCUUUACACAAAAUGCAGACAGUUCUUCCUCUGUUUGGAGUUGCUCUACACUGGCUUGUUCAUCUGCCACAUGUUGCUGUUGCUUUUGCUGGUGCAAAACUAUUUCUCGCAACUGACGCAGCUCUGCCAACACCUCAUCAAUUUUUCUAUUCAGUGUGAGGCAUCUGAAGUCUUCUUUGACUGGGCCCAGCUGAUGCUAUGGGAUAAAAAUACAUUUAAGAAAUGUAAAUAAUAUGCGGUAUCAUACCAGUUACUACAAAAACGUUACUUACGUUCUUGUGGCACUGGCUCGUGAUGCCUCUUCUCCUCAAAGACAGGAGCUUGAGGUCUGCUUUCAGCCAUGCUUUUGACCUUCCGCUGCUUUGCCGGUGUAACUAUUUCUGAAUCUGAAGCGAACACAUUCAUAAUGGUUCCUCCAUCACUUUCAACAUUGGAGAGCUCCUCUGCACGCUUGAGGUAGGUUAAAGCUUUUUGAUAGUUUGCUAAAAAAAAAAAAAAACUGAGAUAGAAGCCAGCAUUGUUGUUCUUAUUUAUUAGCGUCACUAACAAGGUCGGCAACUUGUUUAGUGGAAGAUAAAGACGCUUAAAGGAGUAAACAUCAUGAGGGUUAGUAUGUUUAAACAUUUGGAUAAAACUUUAAAAAAAUAAUUUGGUUUUAUACAGAACCUAACAAAGACAGAGUGUGAUGUCAGAAUGUGUAAUCAGAAUAUGAAUUGUUUAUUUUUUUCUUACAUGUAAAUGACUUCUCCAUGAUUCUUAUUUGGAAAAGCUUCCAGGAUGUUUUGUCUGGUAGUUCUCCAUUUUUUGCUUUUUUAGAUUGAUCAGAUGGAGGCCAGUAGCAGCUUAUAAUCUGUUCAAGUAGACACAUACUCACUCACAAAGCAUUCAAAAUGUGGAGCGGCCUCUAUAAGAUGGUAUAGGCUUAAAAAAUAACUACUUACAUUUCCGUUUGUCACAAUCCAUGAUCUACACACAACAGCAACUGUCUUCUCCUUUAAAAAUUCGACCACGACGUAGGUAAUCAUCUAUAAAAAUGUUAUUUUGUUAUUAAAAGUUAAAUUCUCUAUAAUUAAGGCAUAUGGGCAAUUGGCUGAAAUGUGUUAGGACUCUGCCUUAAUCGUGUUGGUAAUUAUAUCUAGUUUUGUAUGGCAGGGUUCUAACAGUACAUGUUUUGUGUGGGAGAACGUGGUUUUGGUAUUGUUAUAUUAAACCACGUUUUUCCAGUGUCUUGUGACUUCUUCCCUGCUCCCUUGUAUUAUCUAGUCUUUGUUUUUAUGUCUUGUUUAGUCUAGGGUUCUGUUUUCGUGUGUGUGUGUGUGUGUGUAUAUAUAAUAUUUAUAUAUAUAUAUAUUUAUUUAUUUAUUUAUAUAUAAAUAUAUUUAUGGUUUUGUCUUGUUUGUAUUGUGGUUGUCUUGUGUUUGUAUGUGUUUUACAGGUUCACGUGUGCUUCCUCACAGGUGUUCCUGUUCAGUGUGAUUGCCUCCUCUUGUCUUCCUCACCUGUUGCUUGUUAUCCCCUCGUCUGGUCUGUGUAUUUAAUCCCUGUGUCUCUAGUGUGUCUUUGCAGAUCCGUUUGUCUAUGUACGCCAGUGUUUGUGCUGUGUUUGUACCUACUAGUUUCUUAACCAGCUAUUUCUAGUCUUGUCUUGUCGUUGGUUUGUUUGCCCGUGCUCUACUUUGCUCUCUCUGCUGCUGUGGUCGAUCUGGCUGCUCACUGAAGACUUUGAGACUGUGUUACCAGUUCUAGAGUGAGACUCUCAGCGGCUCUGUCGCUGUCCAGCAGCGGGUCAUUCUCGCUGGAACUGUCCAGCGUGCUCCGGCACCGUUAACUCUCUCUCUCUCUGCCCGUCUCAGGAGUCAUCAUCCGCCAGUGUUUUGAGGGUGUGGAACCCAGUUAAGUGGAGGAUCCUUCUCCCGUUGUGUGUGUGUGCCCUAUCUCUCUCAUCCACCGCUCGUGUGGCAGGAGCCCGAGCGUGUGCGGAACGCAGUGUGCAGAGUGUGCCCAGUUUGCCAUCUGACUCGUUAUUUCCUUAAUAAAUAUUUCUGUUAAUCUGCUCUGGGAUCCCUGUGUGUUUUUCGUCCCUGACAGAACGGAUCUGCCAAGACUGGAUCCCGCAGAUAUGGACCAACCUAAGCAGAAUCCAGCUGACAGAGCCCGUCGGGCUCAACUUUUACACGGUUGUCAUCAGCGGGGAAGAAGGUGCAGCGCUUUUGUGACUGAGUUUCUAUAUGCCAUGGGAGGGACCGGAUUAGACUGGGAGGAGCUCAAGAUCGCCUUCAACAGUGGCCUCGAUGAGCCUCUCAGCCCUAACGAGUUCGGCAUGCGGAGGUCCCUGGGCUUGAUUGAGUUGAUGAACUAUGCCAUGAAUCGUCCUCAGCCCGGGGUCUCAGCCGAGGUUGCUUCCUCUAACCCAUUGCCACCGAUCCCAGAGGGUCGCGUCGUCGGGAUGGUGGUCCCAGAGAGAUCAGCACCCACCACAUCUAGCUCCACAAGCUCUGCCCAGCCUGACAGCCUUCGAGGGAAGCGCGAGAGGCGGAUCUCGUGGGAGUCGGCGUCCGAGGGGUCCUCCACGGAUCUUGCCACUCCCACCACGGCGCUCAUUCCACCUGCCCCGUACUCUGCUCCGCGUCCCAAGAAGAAAAAGAGGAAGAAAUGUUCCUCAAUUCUCCAGUCAGCUGCCGCCUCCCCGGCCUCUGUUUCGCUGCAGCCCCUGCCGUCUGCGCAGCCACCGCUGCAGCCCCUGCCGUCUGCGCAGCCACCGCUGCAGCCCCUGCCGUCUGCGCAGCCACCGCUGCAGCCCCUGCCGUCUGCGCAGCCACCGCUGCAGCCCCUGCCGUCUGCGCAGCCACCGCUGCAGCCCCUGCCGUCUGCGCAGCCACCGCUGCAGCCCCUGCCGUCUGCGCAGCCACCGCUGCAGCCCCUGCCGUUUGUGCAGCCCCCUGUCAUUGCCCCUGUCAUGAUUCCUGUCUCGCCUCCGCAGCCGUCCGCUGCGCCCCCUGUCACAGUCUCCAUGUCAUCUCCGCUGCCGGACGCAGCGCCCCCUGUCAUUGUCACUGUCCCAUUGUCGUCUUCGCAGCCGCCCGCUGCACCUCCAGUCAUUGUCCCUGUCCCGUCUCCGCUGCCGUCCGCAGCGGCCCCUGUGACUGUUCCUGUGUCGUCUCCGCUGCCGGCCGCAGCGCCCCCUGUCACUGUUCCUGUUUCCCCUCAGCCUUCAAGACCAGACUUUGUUUUUCCCAAUGUUUCCUCCCCUAAGAACCCUGCUAGGCCUGCCCGGCCUCCACGCACCCAACCCUCAGCUAUUCCCCGGGGUCAGAAGGCUCGUCCUGGUCCCAGUCCCAUCCCUCCUCCUGUGAACGUUGUUGUUCCCCCGCCCCCCUUCCCUUGUUUGUUGUUUUUGUUGUCCCACCCUAACCCUCUUGUUGUUCUGUCUUGUCUUCCUUUGUUGGUGUUUGUCAUGUUUUCGUGGAUGGUGUCCAGUGUUCAGUCUGUCUUGUCCUGUGUCUCUCCUUGAGGGCCGCCAGGGGGCGUCCCUUGAGGGGAGGGUCCUGUUAGGACUCUGCCUUAAUCGUGUUGGUAAUUAUAUCUAGUUUUGUAUGGCAGGGUUCUAACAGUACAUGUUUUGUGUGGGAGAACGUGGUUUUGGUAUUGUCAUAUUAGACCACGUUUUUCCCGUGUCUUGUGACUUUUUGUGACUCCUUUGUAUUCUCUUGUCAUUGGGUGUUGUCAUUUUUCCCUGCUCCCUUGCUUCCUCUAGUCUUUGUUUUUUAUGUCUUGUUUAGUCUAGUGUACUGUUUUCAUGUG